CUGGUGAGGAACAUUCAUACAACAACCAGCAGCAAGUACACAAUAAGCUUAAGAAUAAUAAAGCAAAAAAAAUCGAAAAUUUAAAAUAACUGAAAGUGAAAAGUGAAGAACUUUUUGAAAAAAAGCGAAGCGUUUUAACCAAAAAAGAGACCUAUUGAAAAGUUAUUGUAAAUUGGACAUUUGUGUUUUUACAUAAAUACAUACAAGUAGAAAAUCGUGAAACAAUGAGCAGCAUAGUGAAACAAAGUUGUCGUGUCUGCCAAACGGCGGGAAAGCAAAUAAAUUUCUUUCCCAAUCCUUGGAAGACAGCUGCACCGGCCUUUUCCACAUCCUGCACUUGCCAACAAACAAAUGCCGCCUACAAACAGGAAAAUCGUGCUGUGGAAUUCUCAAGGCGCCUUCUCUCAAAAGUUUCGCUGCAAAAUAUAACUGGUCAUCCACGACAGCAACAAGAACCAUGGAAGCCAUGGCCGAACAGCGUAAAUCCACAUACUGGUGAAAUUGGCGGCCCAGCUGGUCCAGAACCCACACGCUACGGUGAUUGGGAACGGAAGGGACGAGUUUCAGAUUUUUAGUCAAAAUUUGCUUAGAAUUUUGCUUUUCUUUCACUACUAA